GCCUAAAUUACAGUAUAACUACUUUCAAUAUAUAGCAAAUUGAUUUUGUUUAAAUCAUCUCUCAUUGUUUUUUUUAUUUGAAGCAAGUUAUUUUAUACUGCAAAAGUUAAGUACAAAAACAAUAGAAACAUAACUCACAUGACUAUCUUAGGAAUGAUCUAGCAUCAGUCCAACAAAUAUUUUUAAUAUUUCACCGCUACCUUAGAUACUGAAAAGCAAUAUCACGGGUAUUGAUAGCCAGAUAUUUGCAAACACUAAAACGUGAAUAAGCAGCAGUAUUAUUUAUGAGCAAAUGGAGCCUACUCGAAUUAUUUGGUCACCAAUAAUAUAUGUGUCAAAAAACCUAAUUGGGGCCUCCUAUUUGUUUAUGAUUAUUGUACACUCUCAUCAGUCCAACAAGAGUGUCUGAAUCAUGUUUAAGCUUGACAAUAUGAUUUUAUAAUAGCUUAACCUUUCUAUGUAAGCUCAUAAUAUGCUUCAAGCAAAGCUCAAUAACAAUAGAUUCUGAGUCAUACAUAUUCCUAGUGAAGUGACCAUGAAAUCGCAUGUUGCUCUAAUCCUGCUCUUUUCACUUGCCCUGUACACAAGCAGCAUUGAUGCAAGAAAAGACCCUGGAGAAUACUGGAGAGAUGUGAUGAAAGAUGAGCCAAUGCUUGAAGCAAUCAAACAUCUUAUGCCUCGGCAUUCAGUUCCUCUCUCCAAAGAGAAAACUGAUUGUUACACAUUAUCUUCCGUUGGAGGUGAAGCCUUUGAACCAAGGCCUAAUUUAUCUGUCUACCACGACGACGCCAAGCUGAACGAAGCUGAGAAAUCAUUAUUUACGAAAGAUUUCGAGCCAAGGCCUAGUGCAACUGGUUAUCAUGAUGAUGGCGUCGGUCUUAAAUAAGAAAACUCAUUUGCCAAAGAUUUUGAGCCUAGGCCAAACAAUUCUGUGUACCAUGAUUGAUAUUGGUUAUAAUGAGUACUAUUUGUCUUCCUGCAUUUGGGAAUUUAGAAUUUAUAUUUUGUAUGCCUCCCAGUGUUAAGUGAUUUAUGAAAUAAAGAUUUGUAACCAUACUUUGAUGGUUGUAUUGAAGUAUUUCUUAACUUUA